AUGAAGACGACACCAAUAAUCCUUUUGGUUCUCUCCAUUUCUUUCCUUCCAUUGGCCAUCUCCGGCCUCCCUCCACUCAUCCGCCUCCCCACAAAUCCCAACUUAAUCGACGCCAUCUUAGACACGGACGGCAACCCAGUGGUCGCCGGAGCCAAAUACUACGCCAUCCCAGCCCUCAUCGGCGUUGAAGGCGGCAUAAGCGUGGCUAACCCGGACACAGGAAACCCCUCCGCCUGCCCCACCGACGUAGUAAUAAACGUCACAUUAGCCGGCCAAGAACCUCCCGCCGUGAGUCGUCUUUUAACUUUCUACCCUCUAAAACUUGAGGCCGAGGCCUCACGCGCCGCCGCCGACACCGCUGACAUCAUCAUAGAGCAGUACCCACUGAACGUGGCCUUCGACUCGCGGGACCCAUCGGAUCCCUGCGCUAAGGAGAAUGUUUGGAAGCUUAAUGAUGAGGCGGCAAUAGUGACCGGUGGCGUUAUAGGCAAGGAGGAUGAUCUUGACAACUGGUUUAGGAUUCAGAACGAUAUUAAUGGAAGAGGGUACCUUUUCAACUGGUGGCCAAGCCUUUGCCUUGGCUGCAGGAUUGGUUACUUUCGUAUUGGCACAGUCGGUGAUGGACAUCAGCUGGGAAUCAACUACAGGGACGAAGCGCUAUACCCUUUUGAAUUCGUAAAGGCUGAGUGA